GUCGAAGAAGCGUCAGAGUGCAAAGGAGUCUCAAGCGUAAAACAAAAUCGCUCUGAAAACAUGUCCGGACGCUCAGUUCGAGCUGAAACUCGAAGCCGUGCCAAAGAUGACAUUAAGAAGGUGAUGGCAGCGAUUGAAAGGGUCCGGAGAUGGGAGAAGAAAUGGGUAACUGUUGGUGAUACGUCUUUGAAAAUCUUCAAAUGGGUGCCUGUGGUUGACACCAAGGAGAAAGAUGAGAAGAUUAUGCAAGGAACAUUAAGAGAGCUGAAAAACUUUGAUGGUCCACCCUCUGACAACACAAACUCGGCCCUGCUGGAUUUCCAUGAUGAGACCAGCAACCAGAGCUCUUUGUCGGACACCUACCAGCCUAAAGUGGACAGUAGUAGUAACUCUAGCCCACAGCCCAGUGAGCCAGUCAGUCCUGCUCACACAGCCGACUUGCGCACAGACAAUUCACAACCUCCUACGCUUGGACAGGAGACCUUGGAGGACCCAUCAUUACCAUGCGAAGAAGCUGAUGAACCUCCGACAUUGAUCAAAGAGGAUCUCUUGCCCGUCACUGCUCAGGAAGAAGAGGACUUCUCGGGGGCUCCACCACUGAAGAGAGUUUGCACUGAACAGAACUCCACUCUGCCGGUCUCUACAAUGAGAUAACACACACUGUUCCUCAGUCACCACUAUGCAUUGUAUCUCCUUUCGUCAUUUUCUGAAACCCCCUCUUUGCUUUCAGUAAGAAUAUAUAUACCAACAGGCAAAUUUUAAGUUUUAACUUUUGAUUUUGUAUCUUUAUUCAAAAUUAUCAUACAUAGUUGACUUCAAACUUAUUGAAAUCACGAGGUGAUGCAUAAAAUGUAUCACUUUCCAUGAGAUAAUGGCACAAUUGUUGGUGCUUUUGAACACGGUUCCCAUCUUUAUCUCACUAAAUUGUCAUAAUAUUUUGUCAUUUUAACCAUAAAUACCCACAUUCUCUUGUCUGCACAUCUACUCUAUACCACACCAGGGUAAUUUAAAACAGAUUAUUGGGCUUUGCAUAGUUCAUAUCACACAAAAUGAUGGUUGACUUAAGUUUUUUUCUCAAAAGCACCAGAAAACAAAGUUUCACGGUGUUUUUAAGUUUGUAAACUUUUGUGAGGAGUUGAAAGGUAAAAACUUAGUAGACAUGGUAUAAUUUUUAUUUGUCUGUCGACUUUUGACAAAUUGUAAAGGGGGGGCACUAUCUGCUUAAAACUUGUGUAGGUUUUACCUGUUUGAAUUGAUGUAAAUAUCCUUAAAUUAAAGGCAACUUGCUAUUCUCAAACAACAAACUGGUCUUGGUACCCAAACAGACAAAUUCAGAGGAAAAAUGCUUUAUGCUUUGGACCUCACUAUACUUACCAAAU